ACAACGUCCAACUCGAUUCCCAAUCUUUAUUAGAGCUCUGAAAUCCACAAGCCCAAUUCCCUCUUACUGUCAUCAUUCUUCUUGUUCUCGAACAAACCUGCAAAAUGAGGUUCACCCUCACUGCUCUUGUUGCCAUCAUAGCCGCCACCGUUGUCUACGCUGCCGCUAUCCCUGCCAAUAACGGUAAUGGGUGUGCGCUAUCUGAACAACCUUGCGGUCAAAUGAAGCGUGCUGUCUCUGACACCUCUGAGAUCAAGCGUUCUGCCAAUGCCCUUGCCGAGGCCAUUGAGGAUAUGCCGAAACUUCACAUUCCGAGCUGGUGUGCUCUUCCUGGCCAAAUCUGCAGCAAGUUCAAGCGCGCUGCCGACGCCCUCACAAAGGCUGCGACCGCUGUCGAAUCCCACUAGUAUAAUCGCCUUGAAUCUUGUACACAAUUUGCAUCAUCGCUCGUCAACAAGUUGUACAUGGCAUACUGCCCUAAUGCCAGGGGGGUAUACCAUGUAAGCAACCAUGUUCCCAUUGUGAACUUUUACUUGUUUCGGUUAUCACAUGUCUAGGAGGGGAAGAAAAAAGAGGAGAAAGGGAGAUAACGUUGAUAUACAUGUUGUUAUUCCGUUGCAAUUGGUUGAUUUCCCGUUCAUUUGGCUUUGUUUGGUUGUAUCUAGAGUCAUCUAUUAACUGGAAUCUCGGCUCCGGCUCCCAAUUUUGUUGAGUAGCACAGUCAAAUUAUUACAUUCAUUAUACCCGUGCAUUCAAAAAGAAAAGUAAGGG